CUGCAAGUCGCGACUAAGGCAUCCUACACCUCGUAUACCUCUAAUUUCUUUUCUGCACCGCGCCCAACGCGCGCCCCAGCUUCCAAGAUGCCGCUCGAAGCUACGAUGAUGGUCAUCGAUAACUCUGAAUUCAUGCGGAACGGCGACUACGCCCCCACCCGCUUCGACGCGCAGGCAGACGCGGUCAACAUCGUCUUCCAGACCAAGAUCGACUCCAACCCCGAGAACACCGUCGGCGUGAUGAGCAUGGCGGGGAAGGGCCCGGAAGUACUCGUCACACACUCCAAGGAUCUUGGCCAGAUCCUGCAAGCAAUACACAAGACAAGAAGUAACAUCGGCGGCGCCAUUGACAUCCCGACCGGCAUCGCCAUUGCCCAGCUCGCGCUCAAGCACCGAGAGAACAAGAACCUCCGGCAGCGCAUCAUCGUCUUCGUCGGCUCACCGCUCGAGGGCCCAGCCGCAGAUGAGAAGGGCAUGAUCAAGCUCGCGAAGAAGCUGAAGAAGAACAACGUCGCCGUGGAUGUUGUCUGCUUCGGCGAUGGGAUCGAGGAGCCGAAUGCGGAGGGCAAGACCGUACUUGGCUCAUUCGUGGACGCCGUCAGCAGUGGGGACAACUCACAUCUUGUGACUGUACCACCUGGCGCACACCUACUAUCCGACGCCCUCAUAUCCUCACCCAUCCUCUCCGCCGAUCGCAGCGCUGGCAUUCCAGAAGAGCUCGGUGGGUCUGGAGGUGGGGGCGGAGGUGAUGCCGGAGCCGGUGGUGGAGACUUUGAGUUUGGUGUCGAUCCCAGCAUUGACCCCGAACUCGCCAUGGCCUUGCGAAUGUCGAUGCAAGAAGAGGAAGCACGGCGAGCUGCAGAAGCCGCGAAAGCUUCAGCAGCAGGCGAACAACCUCAAGCCGGCGCAUCCUCCUCCACAACAGUACCAGCAGCGCCCACCGACAACGAAGAGGAUGCCAUGCUCGCGAAAGCCCUUGCAAUGUCGCAAGACGUCGACAUGGACUCUGGUGCGAAGCCAAAUGCGCCUGAAACGCACGACGCGGCGAUGGACGAGGAUGAGGACGAGGAGGCUGCGAUCGCACGGGCCAUUGAGAUGAGCAUGCAGGGCGAGGAGGGCAAGGAUAAGGACAAGAAGUAGGUAUAUUCAUUGUGUAGAUUUCCCAUUCACGAGCAUCGUCUGGACCUGCGCGAUUUGUGUGUUCGCCGUGAACCUUGCCACAAAGGCGUUGAUUAUUGGUGGA